UAUAUCACCCAAUUUUACAAUUACUUGUCGGUGAACUAGCAAAUAUAAAGUGUGACUAUAUAAUUUCACAUCCCUUUCAUUUACUUUCAUUGUUCACAUUCAAUCAAUUGGAGCAAACAAGGUAUCGUUGGAUCUAACAAGUAAGAAGCAAAGAUAUGGGUCGUGGAGUCAGCAGUGGAGGAGGUCAGAGCUCAUUAGGAUACUUGUUUGGGAGUGGUGAGGCUCCAAAAUCAACCCCAACAAAUCCCCAGGCUGUUCAAAGUGAAGCUCAGCCAAUAAAUAAAGAACCAUCUCCAAAACCUGUUGCUGCUGCUCCUCCUGCUGAUGCUACUAAGCAGAUUCCCGCAGGUAUUCAGAGUAUCAGGGCAGAUGGUCAAAAUACGGGCAACUUUAUCACGGAUCGACCAUCUACCAAAAUCCAUGCUGCCCCUGGUGGUGGAUCUUCUCUGGGAUAUCUCUUUGGUGGUGGCAGCAGCUGAUAAAGACAUCCCAAUCACCCAUCACGGUUUUAUUAUUUCUAUACGUUAUCUUUCAACUAUGUUGUAAGUGUGAUUGUGAUUAUUGCAGAAUGUCAGUGUUGUUUUAUGUUGCUACCUGGUGGGUGAGGGAGUUUUCUAUGUCAAGGAUAAAUGGUGUAAUUGCACAAACUUCUGUCCAUAAUCUCAGUUGAAAGCUUUGAUCUAAGUUACUCUUUUUGUUGUUA